AUGAUUGCAGAGGGCAUUUCAUGUGUCCCUCUCGGAGGACUCACGGACACCCUCUGGAAAGGCAUCCCAUCGCAGUAUAUGAAGCCUGAUUUUACAGCCGCACAUUGCGCGGUGUCGCAUUUUAUUAGUGCAACAGAUUCGGACAACCCGGAUCACGGCCUGACUGGGCACUGCCGGCGGCGUCUUCACAUCUUUUCCCCCAAGGCCACGGUUAGCACGGCAGCCCCUCCUGCUGCCGCCGCCGCCGCCGCCGCCGCCGCCGCCGCCGCCUCCUCUGCAGCAAGCUCAUGCUCAACGCGUGGAUCCUUGGAAUCAUCAAGUCUGGUAGCUGCGAAACAUGACCACGGCCUGAAGAAGCGACGAGACACGACAAGCCGUACCUAA